AUGUCCGCCAACCCAGGAAACGUCGUAGGAGGCCACAAGGCUAACCUAAACAACCCAAACACAUCCGACGAGUCCAAGCAGCACUCCAAAGAGGUCCUUCAGAAGAUCGAAAACGGCGGUGAUGCCAACGCUGUGUCUUCUUCCGGUGGAGAUAAGAACCCCAACAACGUCGCUGGAGGGCUCAAGGCUACUUUGAACAACCCCAAUACCUCCGACGAGGCUAAGCAGAGCGCUAAGGAGAAGCUCGGUCAGGAGUAA